CUACUUUUGAUACAACAACCCCACCUUCUGCGAAUAUAAAUCGCUGAAAUGGAGGAAGAUAGAGCGGAAGGAAAUCUAGGGAUUGCGGCGGAUCUGGAAGAGAAUCGGGAGCCUGUGGUCCAGAGGCAGCCGAAGAAGAGAUUUGUGGGGAGGCGAGCGGCUGCUGAGAAUGCAGCGAAGGGUGCGGAGAGUGGGACGUCUAUUGAGACUGCGGUGCAAGUUGCAAACCCCCGGCGGACACCACGGCAACUAAACCAAGUCCCCCCCUCCAUCCUCAACGACCCCGACAUCAACGCGGCCAUCGCCCUCCUCCCCCCCAACUACUCCUUCGAACUCCACAAAACCAUCCACCGCAUCCGCACCAACGCUUCCACCAAAGUUGCCCUCCAAAUGCCCGAAGGCCUGCUCCUCUUCGCCACCACCAUCUCCGACAUCCUCUCCCAGUUCUGCCCCGGCAUCGAAACCGUCAUCAUGGGCGACGUCACCUACGGCGCCUGCUGCAUCGACGACUACACCGCCCGCGCCCUCGGCUGUGACCUGCUCGUGCACUACGCGCAUUCCUGCCUCAUCCCCGUCGACGUCACUCAGAUCAAGACCCUCUACGUCUUCGUCGACAUCUCCAUCGACACGGCCCACCUCCUCGCAACUAUCACCCGCAACUUCGCCGCCGGCAAGACAAUCGCAAUGGUCGGCACGAUCCAGUUCAACGCCACCCUCCACGGCGUCCGCGCCCCCCUCGAAGCUGCGGGGUUUAAAGUCCUCACCCCCCAGAUCUCCCCUUUAAGCAAGGGCGAGAUCCUCGGCUGCACGUCGCCAAAGUUAGACGCGGAUGGCGUGGAUUACAUCCUCUACCUCGGCGACGGCCGCUUCCACCUCGAGAGCGCCAUGAUCCACAACCCCUCCAUCCCCGCCUACCGCUACGACCCCUACUCUCGCCGCCUCACCCGCGAGCUCUACGACCACGCCGAGAUGCACGGGCUCCGUCGCUCAGCCAUCCACGCCGCCAAAUCAGCCAAGAAAUGGGGAUUAAUCCUCGGCUCCCUCGGACGCCAGGGAAACCCGCACACCAUGUCCCUGAUCGAGAAAAAACUCACUGAGCGCGGGAUCCCAUACAUCUACCUCCUACUCAGCGAGAUCUUUCCGGGGAAACUGGCAAUGAUGGAGGAGGUCGAGUGUUGGGUGCAGGUCGCGUGUCCGAGGCUGAGUAUUGAUUGGGGAUAUGCGUUUCCGAGGCCGUUGUUGACGCCGUAUGAGGCGCUUAUUGUGUUGGGAGAGAAGGAGGAUUGGAGGGGGAGUGGGGAUGUGUAUCCGAUGGAUUAUUAUGGGAAGGAGGGGUUGGGGAGGGUUAAGGAGGCGGUUGGUAUGGCGGCGUAGGGGGAGGGUGGUAUGCGCAGCUUGGAAGAAGAAGGAAUGAACUGGAGCCAGGCUGGGGGUGAAGCUGGUAUGGGAAGCUUGGAAGAAGAAGGAAUGAACUGGACCAGGCUGGGGGUGAAGCUGGUUUUGGGAAGCUUGGAAGAAUAAGGAAUGUACUGGAAUCAGGCUGGCGUUGUUGCUCGCACGGCAAUGUGGGUAGGGAGGACUAAACAUCGGCCUCAUCAUCAAGAUGGACAUAUCUGCGCUCUACAAGGUGUGGUCACCAGCGAUGAGAGUUAGUCUCGCCCCUGCCGCGGGAUAGAACGGCAGCCACCCCUUCCACCUGCCAAUAGCGGCAAAAGAGCACGCGUACUCCCCACAUCUGGAGAAGGGGAACGGCACGAGCCCAUUUUUCUCACCCGGAGAUGGAGAGCUGAAGAGGGGCACGACAUGCUGGUUGUCUUAGAUACGGAGUACGUGGUGGUGCUUCAUGGGGCGAUGAAGAGGAGAGCGGGGUCAAUAGGUAGGGAUACAGAUUUGCAUACAAGGUAACACAUGGCAGAAUGCGGAAUCAUGUCUGCAAAGUGGAUGAUUGAAAAUGAAGCGGCGGCCGUUUGUUUCUGGAGGUGAUGACUGGAUAAAACAAUCCUCCUCCAACAAUAAGCAAAUAUAAAUAAAGACAAUGCUCCCCACGUGCUGG